UUCAGAAAAGGACUACACAAAAGGGCCAUAAGCACUUUUAAAAUCUCACCAUUUUCAAGGAAUUGUUAAAUAUCGUCGUUUUAAUGCGAAAGUUAAUUUUGCAGAUGGCAGAUAGCAAAUGGUGUUCAUUUUUAAAGGAGAGGGGGAAUUUUGACAAUAUUUUGAUAACUCGUUCGUGUGCGGUAGUGCGGUAAAACAUUAUAUCGGACAAGUAAAUUGUUGCUAGAGAUGCUGUUUGCUUACAAAGAUUUCCUUGGUUUGGUAAUAUACUGCUAAAUAGAUAGUAUGAGUAAAGAAUGGAUAUGUGGAAAGACCAAACAAGCUGUAAAAUUCUUUAUGUAUUACACAGCUUUGUAUAAUUAUUAUAUACAGUUUGGAGUAGGAAAAGGUUGUUCAUUUUAUACAAACUUGUUUGAGACCAUGGUUACGUACGGCCGUCUAUGAACAAAACGGGCAUAUAGAACAAGAUACAAGUUACAGGUCCAAACAAUCCAAAUGAACUGUCGAGUUUCAGAUUGGAACUCUACAACCUUAUGACGCAGAAAAAAAUGAUAGUCGUGCAAUAUGGGUCAUUACUGGAGACUGUAUUUCUAAAACUGCUUACAUUUAUUUUAAUUUCACGAGUCGCAACGGUGAAGGGCCAGAAACAGAGGAGCACGACGCCGACGCUGGUGGACUGGAUCGGCAAGGCUUGUGGCUCGGGCGCAGCAAACCAUGUGGGAUCUGGGGAGACAAGACGCUUCCGGAGUGUGCUCUCCACUGCAUUUCGACGCAGAGAGGUCAGUUUUGACAUCAGAAACAAGAAGGCAAGGAGGAACCUGCUUGGAAACGUGAUGACGACCUUAGAGAGCAAAGAGAUGGCCGCCUAG